AUGGCUGAUCGUAACAAAUAACUCAGCGGUAGGAAUGCGACGACUCUUUCCAUGUUGGGACGAACCCGGAUUGAAAGCUGAAUUUAUCAUUGCUGUAAAGGUUCCUGAAUAUUACAAUGUUUUUUCAAAUUCUGUUCUUUUUACAUCUAUGUCAAAACCUUUGACGACAUACUAUAUCGUAACUUCUGAAAUACCCACAUACCGAAUAGGAAUUGUGAUAUUUGAUAAGCAUGACUAUACUGGUAUUUGUCCCAUACAAAACGUCAAAUUAUGGAGAAGAGAGUUGAUGGAAGUACAAUGGGAUCAAAUUUUGAAAUUAAUUGAAGAUGUCACACGUACUGUUGAACAUACAUGGCAACUACACGAAGAUUAUUUAUUAAGAAAUCAAUUUGCGAUCGCAGGUUUGACAGAUGAUGGCGUGGAUAAAUUGGCGUUCGUACUUUACAGAGAAGAAGAUAUUAUUUACAAUGAAAAAAUAGAUCCUAUUGCACGCAAAAUAGAAUUAUCACGUAAAAUAGGACGUAAAGUGGUUGGUCAAUUGUUUGGUACCGCGGUUAGUCCAUCAUGGUGGUCUUGCAUGUGGCUGAACGAGGGUAUUGCUACUUUGUUCGGCGUAUAUACAAUCAAUCAGGUAUUUUUUCACGUGUAA